AUGGGAUGGGCACCGGACCUGUUCCCAAUUGGGUACAUGGAUGUUGACAUACCUGAAGAAGACCUAGACAAUGAUAACGCUGCUGCGGAGGAAAUGGAGACAGAUGAAGAAGCAGCCAUCAGUAGUGAGGGCAAUUACUUCAAGAAGUAUGAAAAUUGCCCUGGGCACUGGGACCCCAUGGAUGAGAGAGAGGUGAACAAAAAGGAAGGCAGCCCAGAGUAUUAUGAUGUUGUGUUGCCCUUUUUUAAGUCAAUGGUGGAUCGCUCUGAAUCAGUCGAGGUGACUCGUGUAUACAGGGUGCAGAAUCCCAUAAAGUGGAAAUACUACACUGUAAAAAAGGAAGAGAUGAUCUUAGAUAGCGAGGGCUCUGGGAAAGCUCUUGAAGAAUACCUGUUUCAUGGAACCUCUUCCGAUGCCCUGGAUGCCAUUUGUAGAAAGGGGCUUGACCCAAGAAUCAAUGGCAAACAUGGUACAACGUAUGGAAAAGGUUCCUAUUUUGCCAAAAAUGCGUCAUACUCCCAUCAUUACACAGAUCGGAGAAAGAAAAUCAACCCAAAUCUUGUUCACCCUGGACAGCCCGGUCCAAGCAGCGGCAUGCAAACAGUUAAGGACAAGUUCAAAGCCAGGAUGUUGUUUGCCAAGGUGCUGGUCGGUAGCUAUACAAUUGGAAAUCCUCAACUACGUAAACCUCCGGCUCGGAAUGCGGAUGAUCCUUUUGGGAAAUGUUACGAUUCUUGUGUGGAUAAUAUUCAGGACCCCAAAAUAUUUGUGAUAUUUGACACGACUCAGGCCUAUCCUGAGUACCUUAUAGAGUACAGUUACAGUUAG